GGGAAACGAACGAUAGUAGUCGUGCUCGAUAUAUCGAUUCUGUCGUGGAUGUCUCACUGUAUGCGUGUGUAUAUCUGGCAUCGCAGCGAAGAAAAUAAAUAAUAAUAAACAAUUGCCACAAAAUUGUUGUUCCUGGGAAUCACGUUUCAAAGCCUCGAGUUCCGAACCCACCGACGCAACCAUGACCGCCUACUACACCCAUUACGCGGCGGACAACUACGACGAUGAGUCGAUAGGCGACGAGCGCAGCGAAGAAGACACGGACGACGCCAGCGAGACGGAGUUCCGCAGCCCCAGCCGCUACGGCGGCACGAAUGGCACCUCCAACAGCAACAGCAUGGGCACCAAUAGCGAACUUAAGGAGCAAAUGUAUCAGCACAAGCUGCUGAACCUGCAGAAGCAGAUGGAAGAACUAAGCCAGCUGGUGCACCCGGAGUACAUAAAGCGCGUGAAGAAGCUGGACAACCAGCUGAAAGAGCGUCGACGGCUGAACGAGAUCUACAAGGAGUAUAUGCGCGAGUGCGUCGAACGGGACUAUGUGCUGGAGAAGAUGGCCGCCCAGAAGGAGUACGACGAAAAGAUGAUGGACCUCAAAGAUAAUCUGAUUUCGGAUUUUGAGGACCGCAAGCGUCAGAUCGAGAACGAGCGCUACAGCCUUGAGCUGACUAACGAUUCCAUGGAAAUCAAGACGACAGUCACGCGCAAACUGCGUCGUCGCCCCAACGAACCGCUUCCGGUGAUCGAAAAGCGCCGCAAGCCGGCCACCGGACAGCUGCUCGUCUAUCAGCUGGAUGACAAGGAGAUCGAAUCGGACCUGAAGAUCAUCCAGCGUGGAAGACCGAAUCCAGUUCCCCAACAGAACGGUAGCGGCUCUUACGGCAGUGGCUCCCAGCAGCAGCAAUCGAUGAACGUCCUGGCCGAGCCGACCUCCAACAGCGGCCUGGUGGAGACCCGCAUCGAGGACAACAAGCUGCUGUACGAGCGACGGUGGUUCUGCCGCGGCCAGCAGGUCUAUGUGGAGGGCAAGGAGAUGAGCAAGUUUGCGGCUACCAUUACGGCCAUUGGCAACGAGGUGGUUUGGGUGAAACGCACCAACGAGACCAAGGUGAAGAUCAACAUGUCCCAUCUGGCCAAAGGCAAGAUCUCGAUAAAGCGCCGAUAGCUCCGCCGCCGGGCCGGGCGCCCUCACAUUGCGCCCGUCCCGUUUCUUCGGUCAAGAGACGUAUUUUCAUAAAAUUAUUGGUACAGACGUAGCACUAGAUUAGGUGUACAUUUUUCUUAACGAGUAUUGCAUAUUGUAAAUAAUGAAACAAUUAAUUUUGUAUACAACGCGAUUUUUAUUGCAAGCAAGUACUUUUCUGUGCAUUGCGGCUCAGUUGCGAUGUAGAACGUUUUUGCGGAAAUCACGGUCACAUCCAGUCUUUAACCAUUUUAAGGAAAUGAUGAAGUCUCCAUAUUUCUUCAGAUUUAUUCACAUUCAAAAGGGGAAGUGUAGCACACCUUCCUGUUGGCUUUUUUACGGAGUACAUAACCUUACCUAUUCAAACCAGUUUUCUAUUGCGGUGCACUGUAUCCGUAUCUUUAACUUAAACCUAGAAUAAAAGCCAUAUGGAAAUCCGCAUAUUGAUGUAUGUAGUUCUUGUACGCCUAUAGCUAAGGUUCGUCAGGCUAAGCGGUUCAAAAUACUUUAUGGCCCAAGUAUUGCAGCACACUAAGUGCAUUAACUAGUUUACUUACACAGGCCUAGGUUAUAAGUACAUAUGAUUAUUAGUUGAAAGUAACCAACGUUAAAUGGGGAAUUAUAAACUUUAAAAUAAAAUAAGU